AUGCCUUCAGGUGGUGCGGCUGCAGACACCAACGAAUCUGAUGGGAGCGCCGGUUCAAUUCCUCUGACAACGGAGACUGUCGAAGAUAAGAAGGACGCUCUUGGUCAGCACACAGAAGAUGCCGUGCCCGUUGAAACUCUUCCUAACGGAGACGUAAAGACACCGAGCGAAGCCGGUGCUGCUGGCAGCAGUAAAGUGGAGGCUGAUGUGAAGGACACCAACGUCCCACUUGGAGGCACAAAUGACGGCAGCACCGCCGCCCAGCACUUUGCGCCCCUUGUGCUUCUUGCGGGCGCAUGUGCUGCUGUGCUGCUGGUGGCCUCGUAG